AUGCCUGGAAAGUCAUUCCACCUGCUAGGCGAGCCUAGCUCUUCGUCUCAGUAUGUCGAGCUGGAAUCGACAUUAGAUUUUCAAGGGCUGCAACACUUGAUUGCAGGUCAAUUUGCGAUUGUCGAGCCAAAUGGCAUUGGAUUCCAAGCUCAAGACUCAACACUCACAACUGUGACUGAGGUCCUAGCCACCGAGGAGCCCAUCGCCAUCAGCAUCGAUGGCGCGCCAGUCCGCGAGAUCCCAGGACCAAAGGGUCUACCCUUUGUGGGCAACUUCUUCGAAAUCUACCCCGACCAUCUGGGAAACCACCAGCGCCUUUUCGACCAGUAUGGUCCAAUCUUCCAAACAACCAACAUGGGUCGCACGAUAUACCACACCAAUGACCCCCAAUUGUCCGCCAUCGCCUUCUCCGAAUCAGACUUCUUUACCAAGAAAAUCAACGAAUCUCACCCCCUCUACCCAAUCAAGAACCAAGAAGCCGGCGUCUUCCUCGGUGACACUGAUACGCCAGAAUGGCGCGCCGCGCACAAGUUCCUCCCCCGGCGCUGGGGCCCAAGGCUGUCCGAGACUGUUGAGGAUGCGUUUGGCGUUUUUGACGAGCUGGAUGAGCAGGGCGAGGCUUGGAAUGUGUAUCAGUAUAUGCUGAAGCUGGGAUCGCAGGCUGUGGGAAAACUUGUUUUGGGAAUUGAUUUCAAACACUUCACCUCUCCCAAUGCCCCGCCUCACGAACUGGUCUACCGCAUUGCGGAGUCAUUAACUUUGAACAAGAAAGUUGCUGCGUGGGGUAAUUGGUACGCGAAGAUGCCAUUCGGUGACCCCAAGAAGCUGCGCGAUGCUAGAUGGCGCAUUAUCGAGAUGGUCGAUGAGUCGAUUCAAAAUGCCUCGCGUGGUGGUGUUGAGGAUCUGCCCCUUCAAGAUGCUGCCUUGAAAGCAACCAACAUGGUUGACUACGCCAUUCGCGCUACGGACAACAAGGGCGAAAAGCUCCCAAAAGCAAGCUUAAUGUCCGCCCUCGUCGUAGCCACAGGCGCGGGCUUCACAACAACCUCCUCCCUCCUCUCCUGGCUCAUCUACUCCGUAGUAAACUACGAAGGAAUGCAAGAGCGCCUCUUACAAGAACUAAUCGACAAUGACAUCGACGCCGACACUCAAAUAACAGCUGAUAUCACCGACAAACUCACCUUCAUGGACCACUUCAUCAAAGAGACCCAACGUCGUCACAACCCCUCCUACCAGCCCGGCCGCACCGCAAAGGUCGACAUGAUCCUCCCAGGUGGCUACAAGCUUCCCGCAGAGUCAAUCGUCAUCCCAGCUCUACACCACGUCCAUAAUAACCCAGCUGUCUGGGACAAUCCCGCCCGCUUUGAUCCCGAUCGCUGGGAUACGGAGGCAGUGAAGAAUCGCCACAAGGCGGCUUAUAUUCCCUUUGCUGCGGGCCCGCGCAUGUGCAUUGGUUUUAACUUUGCGCUGCAGGAAGUGAAGGUGUUUUUGCCAAAGUUGCUUUAUAGGUAUAAGUUUACCCAGGAGCAGUUUGGAACUAUUGAGUAUGAUCCUAUGUUCCAGUUGAUUCGGCCUAAUAAUUUGUAUGUGCGUGCUGAGCGUCGGGUGAAGUGGCCGCCAAAGUCGGAGUAG